AUGUUAAAAUCAAUAACAAGGAGAAGAAAAAAGUAUAUUUUCUUGGAUUACUUGCUAAUUUUAUUUACGGCACUUUACUUAAGAAUCAGAAGUGUUGACACUGAUUUUUACAGUUCUCUCUAACCUAAUUACUUAUAGUUGUUGACUAUCCUAUUUGGAUUAAUGUUUGCCAAAAUAGGUAUUUAUCAAUUAAUGGAUGAAAGGCAGAGUACAAUGUAUCCUUAUAUGUGCUAUGCUAAAUCUAUUCAGUAUCUACUGUUUGAGCACCUCAACUUACAUAGUUUUAGUGUCAAGCAUUUAUAAACUUACAUAUGACAGUUUGAUUCUAUUAGUGUUUUGUCAUACUUUGAAUGUAUUUAGAGACAAAGGCAUCUAAGUCUUGACCCAUUGCUAUGCUUUUGGGAAGUAUUAAUUAAAUUCUAUGAGAGUUACCUCGAAAUAGUUUAGCUAUUUUUUAAUUUAAAAUAUUUCAAGUUCUUCCUGUUCAUAUUGAUUGUCUCUCUGUCUUUGCUACGUUAAAGAGGCAGGCAAUUGCCCUAGUCUGAUUAUGUUAUUGUAAUAAAAUAUCUGUUCACCUUUCGAAUGGCAGUAAUACAAUCAAUUAUACUACUCCACGUCCUUUUAACAGUAAUCAACUUAAAUACUUUUGUCAAUGUGGUCACAUCCUCUUCGGCAAGAUACAUUAUCCUAUUGAUAUACCCUUUGUUUCUCUUUGCGAUAGAUCCGAAAUUCAGAAACAUAAGUGAAAUAAUUUUAGCACUCAAUGUACUUUUGAGUUUGCUUUUAUUGUUUGAUUAACUGGUGAUAUUUUUCAUGGCCUCCCUGCUUAUCCCUCAUAUAUUUGUUUUUUAAUUGGCUCUCUUUAUUUUUGUUUUUUCAGAAAUUGACUCGAAAAUACCCAAGAAACAUAAAUACCUAAACUAUGAUGCGAUGAUUUUAAUCUAUUACAUCAUUCUAAAGAAUUCUUAUGCUUAUUACGAUUCAUAUGUAUAAUAUAAAGGUAUCAUCUACUUUUUGUCAAUGUUUGUUGCAAUAUUUAUUAUUAGCAAGAGCAAGAAAUUUUAGAAAUCCUUUGCAAUUAAACAGAAUUAUUAAAAUAAUUCUUAUGA